GCCUCUCGAUCUGUUCAAAAGAUCAAACCCUCAAAAAUGAGGCCGGCCGCCGUCCUCCUCGUGGUCGUCGGCGCCGCCGUUGCCUCCUCCCUCCUCCCCCUCGCCGCAUCCGACUCCGCCGACGUCGCCUCCAUCUGCUCCCGUACCCCGACCCCCGCCCUCUGCCUCUCCACCUCCCGGCGCUACGCCCACACCUUAUCCGACCCCGUCGAUGCCCACGCCGUGUUGUCCUUGCAGGUGCGGGCGACGGUGAGGCGGACCAAGUCCGCAAAGCUCCGGGUGGCGCGUCUGGCGGAUUCUGCCCUCAUGGCGGUAAACCCCGCGGCAGUCGAGGCGCUCAGGUUCUGCGAGAACAUGUACACCAACGCCCUGGACACCCUGGGCGCGGUGGCACGUGCUGCGGAGUUCCGCGACAAGGCCACGGCGAAGAUCAUGCUCACGCUGUCGCUGCAGAACUACGCGUCGUGCGACUACGGAUUCAAGAAGAUCGCCGCGGAGAACCCGAUGGCGCGGUUCGACGCCUCGCUGACGAAGAUGGGCAACAACUGCAUUGCUAUCAAUGACAUGAUGUGAUCCGUGUUUGGUGCUGGAGCUUAAUUUGUUUCAAAGAAAAGAGAGGGAGGAGGUUAAUGUUUAUCACUGGAAAUAAGUGGAGGGGUCUGUGAGGCAAUUUGUUCUUGUUUUUGUUGUUGCUGUUGUUGUUGUUGUUCGUGUUUUUCUUUGUUUUUUCUGUCUUUUUUUUUUGUUUUUAAAUUUGGUUUUAUUUGAUUUGUAUCAUUGCAUGACAAGCAUGCUUGUUGGGUUUUUUGGCUAUCAAGUAGUGUUUUAAAAGAGUUUUAA